GUUUCCUGUGUCACCCGCUAUGUUUACGGCAAGAGCUGGUCAUCUUCCUGUGCGGUGGUCACCCUCUAAACUCUGCAAACUGAAACUGGAACCAUGGUUACCACAUCCUGUUCAUUUUCCAAUUUAGCUCAACCCCUGUGUCCUGCCCCAUAGAAGUGGCACCAUGGCCCCCAAACUCAUCACCCUCCUGUGUCUGGGAUUCUGUCUGAACCAGAAGAUCUGCACACAUGUGGGUGCUCAGGACGAACUCUCCCUGUCAGCCUGGCCGAGCCCUCUGGUUCCCCUAGGAGGACGUGUGACUCUCUCCUGUCAUUCCCGUCUUCAGUUUGUCAUGUUCACAAUAUUCCAAACAAGUGGGAGCCAAAUCCGUGAGUCGUACACUGGCCUUUCCAACCACGUCACCAUCAACGCUGUGACCCCAGGACACGCAGGGACCUACAAGUGUGCUGGAAUUUACAAGCACACCUCAAAGCAGUCAGCUGGGAGCAAAUCUCUGAACAUCAUCGUCACAGGCUUGUUCACAAAACCCUCCAUCUCAGCGCACCCAAGCUCCCUGGUGCAUGCAGGAGCCAGGGUGAGACUGUGCUGUCACUCAGAACUGGCAUUUGAUGAAUUUAUCUUAUACAAAGAGGGGAACACACAGCAUUCCCAGCAGUAUGGUAAGAUGAUCCAGGCUGGGCACCACUUCUCCAAGGCUGUCUUCUCCAUGGGUCCUAUAACGCCUGCCCACGCAGGAGCCUACAGAUGCUGUGGUUCUUUCAAUCACUCCUGCUACAUGUGGUCGGCUCCCAGUGACCCCCUGGACAUUGUGAUCACGGGAAAAUACAAAAAGCCCUCUCUCAUCACCCGAGAGAACGCCGUGGUGGGUCCAGGAGAUAUAGUGACCUUGUUCUGCAGCUCAAGGAUCCCAUUUGACAAGUAUCAUCUAUCCAGGAAGCAGGAGGCCCAUGGUCACUGGCUCAGUGGAGGGCAGAGCCACAAUGGAAUAUUCCAGGUCGACCUUCCUCUGUGCUUUGUGUCCCCAACCUCUGUUGGGAGCUACAGAUGCUACGAUGCUUUCAAUGAGUCUCCCUAUGAAUGGUCAGCCCCCAGUGACCCACUGCACGUUCCUGUCACAGGAAUCUCUGAGAGUGCUUGCCCGACACCCAUGGAAUCAAGCCCUGAAACUGGCUCACACCCCCAGGAUUACACAGCAGGGAAUCUUAUCAGGAUGGGUGUGGCCGUCUUGGUCCUGGUGGUCAUUGGAGUCCUGCUACUGGAGUCUUGCAUCGUCAGAAAAAAAAAACCCAAACGCAAGAAGAAGAAGAACACAAAAGAAAACCAUUCACCAUUUAGAACAAUAGAGGCUUGGAAUCCAAUCUCCUAAUCCCAGAGGCUUUGGAAGGAAAUUGUCAGAAAUUGUCAUCGUAUGCUGGGUGAACUGUUUGCUGAGAAUAUGGAGUGAAAGAAAUGGCCUCAGGUUUGAGAUCUCUAGUUCGAAACUCUUCCUCAAUUCAAUUCUGAUGUCUUCCCUUCCCACUGUCACUGACUUUCCUUGACUUCCCUCUCCGAUUUGCUUACCUUAUAAAAUGAAGGUACGUCACUUGCGGCAGGUGUGGACCCACACAGAUAUAAACUCCAUGCCCUGGUCUUCUUGUAAUGCACUUUUAUUAUUAUUAUUAUUUUUAUUUUUAGAUAGAGUCUCCCUCUGUCCCCCAGGCAGGACUGCAGUGGCGUGGUCUCGGCUCACUGCAACCUCCGCCUCCCGGGUUCAAGCGAUUCUCCU